GCUCCGUCUUAUCCGUUAAUCUGGCCCAACUUCGCGGGAAACGCGCCCGCUGAGUCCUCCUGAAUCCUUGGAGACGCAGAAGGUCGGAGUCCCUGAGCAUACUGGCCACACAUUGGCUUGUGGCUCCCGCGGAAUAAGUAUGAGCUCGAAACGUGUUCCGAAAUUCAUCACCGCGAUCAUCGAACACGUGUGUGAUGAUGGGCUGUGGCCACCACAAAGGCGCAGUUCGCGCUUCCGACUCCCCUGUGGCAGACAGAUAUAAAUUUCCUCCUCAUGAACUGACCCACCGCCCCACUCUCCAGACCUCCUUGCACAAUAUGAAGAGCCUCUCCGACAUUGUCUGCAAGCUCAACACUCUCGCCGUAUCCGAGAGCAAGCACUGUGUACGGUGCCACAGGACAUACCGCGACCACGAGAAUGUGCCAGACGCAUGCAUCGUCUACCAUCUCCCUCAUUAUUACCAUCCUAAUUGUGCCGCCAUGGUCAAGGGAAUCCUGGUCUGUUUCCAUGGAUUGCAUACAACAAAUACGGAAGAGGUCGAGUACAAUUUCGACAGCGUCAGCCAGUGCAGCGGCAGGUGCCACUACUCAAGCUAGGUGCCGGCGGUGGCAGUACAUUCUCAGAAGUUUCUAUCGAGUGGCGGAGUCCAGAGUCUUGGACAUCUAUCUUGUUGUACUAUUCUAAUCUGAGGAACGCUGUUGUUUUGUUCUUGCACCUUUUCAAUAGCGUUAUAUUUCAUUGAUGCAUAUCUGCAGAC